CAUUCGGGAUUUGGUCAAAGAAGAAAUGUCGUCUUCUCAAGUUACAGUUGUUCCAACUUCACCACCAAAAACUAUUCGUCAUACUGCUGAUUUCCAUCCCACAAUAUGGGGAGAUCAAUUCCUCAAAGAUACUUCUGAACUCAAGACAAUUGAUCCUACAACUCAAGAAGAUUAUGAGCAACUGAAACAAGAGGUAAAAUGGAUGAUAAUGGAUACAUCACAAACGAAUGCUCAGAAAUUGCACUUGAUUGAUGCAAUCCAACGGUUAGGUGUGGAUUAUCACUUUCCAAAAGAGAUAGAUGAUGCUUUGGAGAAAAUUUAUAGUGACAAUAUUGAAUAUAAUGAUCUCUAUACUGUUUCUAUCCAUUUUCGACUUCUUCGACAGCAAGGAAUUAAGAUUGUUUGUACAGAUGUAUUUGAAAAGUUCAAAGAUGAUGAAGGGAAAUUCAAGGCAUCCUUGAUUAACGAUGUUCCUGGAAUGCUAAAUCUAUACGAGGCAGCACACUUUGCUAUUCACGGAGAAGAUAUCCUAGAUGAAGCCCUCACUUUUACUACGACUCACCUUAAGUCAAUGGUGUCUUGUGCAAGCCCUCACCCUGCAAAACAAAUAAAUCACGCUCUUAAUUGUCCUCUCCGGAAAGGCCUACCGAGGCUAGAGGCAAGAUUUUUCAUUUCUGUUUAUUCAAGAGAUGAUUUACACAAUAAAACUCUGUUAAAGUUUGCCAAGUUAGACUUCAACAUGUUACAAGCAAUGUACCAGAAGGAUCUCAAAGACGUCUUACAGUGGUGGAAUGAUGUAGACUUCAUUUCAAAGCUGCCUUACGCGAGACAAAGAAUGGUGGAGGAAUAUUUUUGGGCAUUGGGAAUUAUUUUUGAGCCACAAUAUGCAUUUGGUAUUAGGAGUAUGGCCAAAUUAAUAUGUCUGAUAACCCUCAUAGACGAUACAUACGAUUCCUAUGGUACAAUUGAAGAACUCACACUCUUUACAGAAGCCGUCAAAAAAUGGGACUUUGGCGCCGCAGAUAUGCUUCCAGACUACAUGAAAUUAAUUUACAAGACACUCUUUGAUUUUUUCGGUGAAAUGGAGGAAUGUGUGGUUAAGAAAGGAGAACCAUGCUACAUAAAUUCUCCAAAAUUUUGGAUGCAAAGAAUUGUUCAAGGCUACUUUGCUGAAGCCAGAUGGUUGAAUGAAGGCUACAUUCCAACAACAUUUGAGGAAUAUAUAAGUCUUGCAGCAGAAACAUCUGCAGUCGAAUUGAUGACAUCAGUUGCGUUCUUUGGCAUGGAUGAUAUUGCAACGAAGGAGGAUUUUGAUUGGAUUUCUACUAAUCCUAAGAUUAUAAAUACAACAAGGCUUAUUGGCAGACUCAUGAAUGAUAUAGGGUCUAGUAAGUUUGAGCAAAAGAGAGGACAUAUUCCCUCGGGUGUUAAAUGCUACAUGAAGCAGCAUGGUGUUUCUAACGAAGAGGCGGUUGAAGCGAUUAUGGAACAUGUUUCCAACGCAUGGAAAGAUGUGAAUGAGGAAAUGCUAAAACCAACUGCUAUAUCAAGGUCUCUGCUGGAGAGAGUUCUUAAUUAUUCUCGUGUAAUUCAUAUUUUAUACAAGGAUGAUUAUGAUGCCUUCACGGAUGCAUAUAAGCUUAAAGACCAAGUUAUCUUAUUGCUCAAGGACCCUGUGCCUCCUCACGAGUAGCUUCAUAUAUAUCCACGAAUUACUUGUAGUACUCCAUGAUAUGUCUCUAGACAGGGAUUGAGUUAUACUCCCCCAAAUAAAUGCUACAUUGUAAUAAAUAUAUGUUGUCUAAAAUGCCUUGAAGACAUAUUGGCACCUUUAAACAA